AUGCCAGGACCGGCUCAAGAGAGGCCUCGUGCUCAAAGGCUUACCGACAUCGAGCCUCAGACUGCAAAGGGAUUAGGAUGUAAUCGAACGGACGAUUUCAGUACACCAGUCAGUUCUGGCAGCAACAUGGGCAGUAUAGCACGGUUUCCAAAGUUGGACGAGUGUGCCCACUUUCAUUACGAACAUGUUGAACUCAGUUCCUUGGAGGUAUCGCUUAGCGAAGGUACCAAUGAUUCCGACAGCUACGCGGUCAGAGUAACAUCCGGAGAUGCAUGCUGGACCCUGCAACGAUCUUAUGAUAAUUUUGUUAUGUUUGACAAGCAAUUGCAUCGCUGCAUAUUUGACAGGAAGUUCUCUUCCUUAACCAAGCUUCCAGAUACACGGCCAAAAAACACCUGUGAUAUACUGAGGGACUAUUUAAAUAGGUUCUCGCAGUUAAAUCAUGAAGGCCUAAAUUGCGGUCCUGUGUUAAAUUGGUUGCAGCUAGAUAAUAGAGGAAGAAGAAUCCUCGUGCCAGAGUCAGAUUCAUGCCCCAUUAAUACUCCUGCAGUAGCCGCGGCUUAUGCAGUUAGACCUUACGUUGCUCAGGCACCGGAUGAGAUCUCCUUUCAGGUUGGAGACAUGAUUUCAGUAAUAGAUAUGCCUCCUCCGGGGGAAAGCACAUGGUGGCGUGGGAAACACGGAUUUGCAGUUGGUUUUUUCCCAGCCGAAUGUGUGGCUGUGAUCGGGGAUAAGGUUCCACGGCAUUUGACCGUGUCGACGACAGUCAGAUCGAAGUUACCCGUGAAACCUGUGCUCAGGAAGCACGGCAAGCUAAUCGCCUUUUUCAGAUCGUUCAUACUGAAUAGACCGUCUAGGAGACGAUUGAAGCAGUCAGGGAUCCUGAGGGAACGUGUGUUUGGUUGUGAUUUAGGGGAACAUCUUUUAAACUCUGGUCAAGAUGUGCCUACUGUUUUAACGUGCUGUGCGGAGUUCAUCGAGAACCAUGGCUUAGUCGACGGUAUAUAUCGUCUGAGCGGCGUGACAUCGAACAUUCAAAGAUUACGAAACGCGUUCGACGAGGAUCGUGUUCCUGCAUUGCAUUCCGACGAAAGUAUUCUACAAGAUAUCCAUUCUGUCGCGUCGCUGUUGAAAAUGUACUUCAGAGAGCUACCGAAUCCACUCUGUACAUACCAGCUUUAUUCUACCUUCGUUAGCGCGGUUCAAGCCAGCACCGACGCAGAGAGGUUAAGGCGGAUGAGGGACACCGUUAGAAAAUUACCACCACCGCACUACAGAACGUUGGAAUACCUUAUGCGUCAUUUGGUGAGAGUGGCAGCUAGAGGUGCGGAGACCGGUAUGACGCCACGUAACGUCGCGAUCGUCUGGGCUCCGAAUCUCCUAAGAUGCAAGGAAUUAGAAGUUGGUGGUGUGGCAGCUUUGCAGGGAGUCGGUGUGCAAGCGGUGGUCACGGAGUUUCUGGUCUGUUACGCUGAAUUAAUAUUCGGCGAUGGUCCAGUCGGUCGGCCAAAAUCAUUGGCCAUCACGACACCGGCGAGAUUGCUCAGUUUGGAGGAGGCUCGAAACAGAAGCCUGAGAGGCGAGCCCGAUUACGUAGAAGUGGGCGCCGGUCCAGCCGGGUUACCAUUACAUUACCAUACGGUCAUAGAAUUACCGCGAAAGAGAAACGGCUCGAAGCGUUCACCCUCGUUGAACUGGAGAGCUUUGUUCGGUCGAGGUGGCUUGGGUGCCAGAGGAAAAACAAGACAAGUUGGCACGCCACCUCAAACAGAAACGGUGCCAAGUUCCUUAAACUCCUUACGACGGUUGAGACCGGUGAAAAGUGCGGAUAGUCUGGACGGCGAGGACAGUUUGGGUCCUCUGUUAGGGCCGCCACCAGCUAGGCCGUGUGGCCACAGUCGAUCGGUCUCCCAUGACUCGUACUUCGAUCAUUUGGCAGAUGCGCCAAAUACCGCGUCUCCAUUGGAUCUGUCGGAGAUACAGCUGAACUUUGAUCUCGAGGAACGGGAGAUGCGUAUGUUCUCUGAAGAGGAGAGCGGAGGUGUGGCGUCGGUGGAAGCUUCUCCGCGACGACAGAGAAUAGAGGGAACGCAGAACACCGCUACCACCGGUGGAUCGAAAAGAAAGAGGUCGAGAUUGGAGGAAAGACUGCAGUGCGACGUUGAGUUGCGCUUCAUUGAUAGCCAAAGUCCUGAUCAGGUGAUGGUAUCCGCAGAUGUUCACAGUAUGGAUAGCCCAUCCCCAUUACCAACACCAGGGUACCUACCACUGUUAUCCGAAGCUUCUACCCCGCUCACACCCGCCACGUUACACGGAACACCGCACUCCACGUCGCCUAUACCGGCUAACAGUCCUAGGAUAAGUUUCCGAAGUUUUACCUUGCCGUUAGAGAUCGACGAUGAACAGGGCAACGCGAACAAGCUGAACAGAACUAGCGUGUCUUCCGAUAAAUCAUCCGACCCUAGUCAUAGGUUAUCCGUAAACUUAGAAGGGCAAGUUAACGCCAAGUCCUGCGAGAGGAUAAUAACGUACGACAAGCACGUAGAUAUGUACGGCGACAAGGAGUCUUCCAAGGCUCAGAAGACUUCGAAGAAGUCGAAUCUAGUUGUAUCGGACGUAGUCGACCAAGAGAUGACGCCAUGCGACAGGCUGAUGUCUCAUCGUAGCGAGAUAGACCGUAGUAAAAUAACCACGUCACCCUAUAAAGAUAUAGGAAAUAGAUCGAGCUCGUGUCCCGUGGACGUGGACAAGUCUCACAGCGACAGCAGGGACACGUUGGAUGUGCGAAAGCACGAUACGCCGUCGAGCAAAUCGUUGAGCUUGCAGAACGACGACUCCAUGGCUGGAAACUCAAACGCACACAGAAAUGAAUUACAGGGAUUGCCGUUAUCCAGCGCCACUGAUCUUGAUUCACCGAUGUCUUGCGAACAAACGAUCGAGGAUCUGCCCGAUUCCGGUUUUGUGAUUUGUGAUAGCUCCGAUAAGAUGUUCACCAACACAGAAACACCUCAGAUGGCCUCGAAUACGAACGAUUCAGGCGAAUGGGUGAUUGUAGAGAGAACUGGCUCGAUCACUACGCCUACCAGUGAUUCUAGUAGUCCAAAGGAUCCCCUGGAAGGCACGGUCAAUCCUGCGAUAGCAACUGAUGCACCACAAUUGAGAUCAAUGUCGGAGAACGUUUCUAGAACCUCGUUGGAUCUUACUAUGGGAUCAACAGUAGAUACAGACACAUCUUGCAUUGGUGUUAGCGAUUUGACAGAAAGUCCUGUUCUUCCUCAGGAAUCUGCAGAUAUGACGUUUGACGUGGCUGAUAAUAGAGAACUGGAAGAACACGAUGCUACCGCGCAAAGAUCGUCCGGUGCGUUCGAUGCCCAAUCUAGUUUCGCGAUGGUCGAUUCUGGGAAUAACUUCUCAAAUAUCGUUCAUUCGCCUGUACACGAUCAGAAUAAUGGUAACCAGAAAUUGUGCUCUGUUAGCAUGACAGAUAUUCGACUGAAUCAGAAGCCCAGUGAAAUGGAGCACGAGGCUACUGCUUGCUACACACAGUUAGACAACAAAGCAUUCAAUAGAAACGAGAAUCCAGCGAAGGAAGAGGUUUUAGGGGAAGAGGAAGCAUUCAAGAAGAGUUCCCAACAAACACAGAGGAAUCUAGAUUUCCAGCAACAAGAUAUUCGACGUUCCUUGCAACUGCAUCAGAAGCCACAGUUUCAAGCCAGCGACCGCCGUUCGUUCUCCAGUCAAUCCAAGAAGAGUCAUGACCUCGAUUUGCCACUCACCAGCACCGACAAUAAUAAGCAACGCGUGCCCAACCAGAAGCCAGAAAAGUGCCAAAGCUUCGAGUACGUAUCGUCAAAGGAGCCAGCUCAGAAUGACUCCUCUAAAUGCAACAACGUGAAGAACAGCCAGCUCGAGGAACACCUAGAAGUAGCAAUACCGUCAGAAAACGCUGCUGAGCCCAGCGACAUAGCUCAUCCUCCGGAGGGUGCGUCUGAAACAACAUCUUUGAAUUCAUCCUGUACAUUUUCAAACGCAUCUUCCCCUGUGGAUGACUGUUUGGUUCUCAGAGAUACAGCAGCUAUACUGCAAGAGUUAGCAUUGCAGAGAUUGUCAGGAGGAAUCGUAGGGGAUCUGUCUAUACCUCCAAGAAGAAGGUACGAAACUGAGACCAACAAAGACAGAAGAAGCUUCGAUUCUGAGAUUGGCAGGGAGAUAGUACGCGAGAGAAAGAUGAGACAGGAGUUGGAUUCGGCUAGAGGAAAAUCCGAGGAACCUCCUGUGAAUAAUGCUCAACAUUUACCGCCAUGUUUGAGGGCGCGACACGCUAGGGCGACUCGAGCCUCGCUCAGUCGAUCAUUGGACGAAGCAAAGUUCAAUAAAAUGACGGAAGAAGCCUCUCUGCCGGUAAAACAGGCCUCGGAGGACGCGCAGCAUAGCUCAACGCCUAAUGUUGGCACAGGCUCGAACAGUUCCUCGAGCAACUCUGAGAAGACGCACCUGAAAAACCUGGGUGGACUGGAUCUAGGCGAUCCUCAGUGCAGGGAGAGGAUAGAAAAGUACAAAGAGGAGAGGAGGACGUUCUUGAGGGACAAGUACAGGUCGGAAAGCUUCCGGGGAAUGUUGUCGAAGACGGAGGACGACGGAGAGCAGGCGCUUCUGGCUAGGUUAAAACAGAGAGCCUCCAGACCCUCCCUUCAUUGAUAUUAAAGUAAUAUUUACGGGAC